GCUGUUUAAGUUAAAUUAUUGAAUUGAGGCCACCCACAAGUGUCAAAACGCUAGAAUUAACUAAACAUGAGAAAUGAAUUUUGCAAAAACUAACUAAAAACUAAUUAAUAGUUAAAAAGUGAAAAUAGCUAACAUACAUUUGUUUUAUUACACUUAAUUUUAGAAAUUCUAUGUACCUAUAGUAAUCAUUCCAAAAACAAAAAAUGGCCAAAAGUAUUUUUGGCCAUAACAAAACUGGCUACGUGGGUCGUGAAGAACAUACGAAGAAACUUCAGACACUUUAUUCAGAGGAUGACAUGGAUGAGUUGCCCUCUAUGACAGAGGAACUGAGCGUUGUAGAUGGUUUACGUCCAAAUCCUGGUGGUCCAUUUUCGGCACUAACACCUUCAAUGUGGCCACAAGAGAUACUUGCAAAACUUGGACAACCGGAAGCAGAUGUAGGCGGACUAAACGACCAACCAGAUUAUCGUUUUGAUGAAUUUGGUUUUCGUGUUGAAGAGGAAGAUGGCCCUGAACAAAGCUCAAAUAAAUUAUUGAGUAUACCUUUCGCAGAAGAUCCACAACAACGACUACAAUGGAUAGCGCAUUUAGAAUUUUCUCAUAAUAAAGAGGCCAGUGAGUUGACGUGGGAAAAUGUAGAAGUUGUAUUGCCACGAACAGAAAAAUUACGAAAUAUGGUACGUAAUGGCAUACCAAACUCAUUACGUGCACAAAUGUGGAUGCGUCUUUCUGGUGCGUUGGCUAAAAAACAAAAAACUGAAACAAAUUAUCAAGACAUUGUUAAGGCUUCCAGUAAUGAUCAACUUAUGACCUCAAAACAAAUCGAAAAGGAUUUAUUGCGCAUUUUACCCACAAAUGCUUGUUUUAGUCAUCCAAAUGGUACUGGCAUACCACGUUUACGUCGCAUUUUACGUGCAAUCGCUUGGCUCUUUCCAGAUAUAGGUUACUGCCAGGGCACUGGAGUUAUUGUAGCUUGCUUGUUAUUAUUUAUGGAAGAAGAAAAUGCUUUUUGGAUGAUGGCAACCAUUGUAGAAGAUCUACUCCCUGCUUCAUAUUAUUCAUCAACUUUAUUGGGUAUUCAAGCUGAUCAACGAGUAAUGCAAACACUUAUAGCAAACUAUCUGUCUACGGUAGAUGAAACUUUAAAAAAACAUGAUAUCGAAUUAUCCUUGAUCACAUUACAUUGGUUCUUGACGGUUUUCGCAAAUGUGGUGCACAUGAAAAUAUUAGUACGAAUUUGGGAUUGGUUUUUCUAUGAAGGCAGCAUAGUGCUGUUCCAGUUAACAUUAGGAAUGUUAAAAAUAAAGGAAAAAGAUUUACAUAAUUUGGAAAAUUCAGCACAAAUCUUUAAUUCAUUAUCUGAUAUACCAGGAGAAAUAGAUGAUGUUGAGGUGCUUUUCAAACAAGCAAUGGAAGUGGGUGGCUCAUUGAGCCAAACUGUUAUAGAUACACAUCGUCGACGUCAUCUUGCUUAUCUCAUGGCUGACCAAGGUGGUCUUGUGCCUUGUAAUUCCGAUGCUGUACCAAAUUUACCGAAGCAACAUUUAGCGAGGCGGCAGGUACGCAAAAGCAAAUCCAUAUUGGAAACCUUGUUGUUUCGUAACGAUAAUGAUUCAGAUGAGUUGAAAAAUAAAAACAUACGUCAAACUGAAAUAUUAGUGGAUUUACGAGAGGCUAUACUUAAAGUUGCACGACAUUUCAUAACCAUCGAACCAAAACUUGCAGCGCACAUACAAUUGACAGCGAAUUACAGCACCGAUUCACAUGCUAAAGAUCAUGAGAACUUUAUAAAUGUAGCACGCACUCGUAAGCGACGCGCUAAAGCAUUGCACGAUUUCGAGCGUCAUGAUGAUGAUGAGCUGGGCUUUCGCAGAAAUGACAUAAUAACGAUAAUCAGUCAAAAGGAUGAGCAUUGUUGGGUAGGUGAACUAAAUGGAUUACGUGGUUGGUUUCCAGCAAAGUUUGUAGAACUUCUUGAUGAGCGUAGUAAACUAUAUACUUCAGCUGGCGAUGAUGCUAUAUCAGAAACUGUAACAGAUUUGGUUCGUGGUACAUUGGCACCAGGAAUUAAAGCAUUCUUAGAGCAUGGUAUGAAAAGACCAUCAUUUUUAGGUGGUCCGUGUCAUCCUUGGUUGUUCAUCGAAGAGGCUGCUACACGUGAAGUUGAAAAAGAUUUUGAAUCAGUUUACAGUCGUUUAGUGUUAUGCAAAACUUAUCGACUCGAUGAGGAUGGCAAAGUUUUAACACCAGAAGAACUUUUAUAUCGAUGUGUACAAGCAGUAAAUCAAUCACACGAUGAAGCACAUGCACAGAUGGAUGUAAAGUUACGUUCACUUAUUUGUUUAGGAUUAAAUGAACAAGUUUUACAUCUUUGGUUGGAAGUGCUUUGUUCAUGCCCUGAUGUUGUACAAAAAUGGUAUCAUACAUGGAGCUUUAUAGAUUCGCCGGGUUGGGUUCAAAUAAAAUGUGAAUUAAGAAUAUUAUCACAAUUUGCUUUUAAUUUGAAUCCGGAUUUUGAAUUGCCACCAAAGCGUGGUAGAGAAUCACAACCACUUAAGGACGGAGUGCGUGAUAUGUUAGUCAAACAUCAUUUAUUUUCAUGGGACUUGUAAAUUUUUAUGUGUAGCUAAAGCAGUUAAAAAUGCAAGAAGCUGAAAAUAGUAUAUAAAUACAUAUUAAUGUACAUUAUACAUAUUAGACAUAUAUAUUUAUACCAGUAUAUGAUAUACAUAUAAUAUAAUACCAAGAAAUAGUAUGGUUACUACGUUAUAUUACAAUUAUUUCAACUAUGACUGCUGCUUUUCUAAACACAAUAGAUAUAUGUUCUGCUCUCAGAAUUCAAGAAACCACCUUGGUAUAAACUUCACCUCUAUGUAUGCAACUCGAUAGAUAAAUCUCAGUAAGACUUAAUUAGUCAUUGUUUUCUUAGUAAGCUACCAUCAUUGGAGUCUAUUAUAACUGUAUAUGACGGAAAUCAAAUUGUGAAUAAGGAGUAUUUACUGAAUCUUCAUUUUAUUGGGAAGGUACUAACGGAUUCUUAUAAAACUAUAAAUGAUAAUGAUAUAGAUUGAGAAUAAGGAAUCUUUACUGAAUCUGCGUUCUAUUGAGAAACUACUUUCAGUAUCCAAAAAACUACAUAUAACAAACUACUCAUUGAGAAUAAGGAAUCUUGAAUGCUUUUCAAAUAUUAAACUCAAGAUAUAGAUAUGUUUCAGACAAUUGGAUUAUUUGAGCCAUAAUGUAAAUUUCAGCCAACACCGACGAAAUUAACUAACAGGCAUGGCAGACGCAAUAACAAAUAUAUGUAACUGAGAUGUUGACAGUGAUAACGAAGUGCAAUACCAUCAUUAGAUGUUGCUGUCUUUCGAGUUUCUAGUAUUCACUAACUAAAUAGAAUUAUCAUUUUCAAUGAAACAUUCAUUAGCUGGAUUCAACGAAUUGGUAGCUACAUCUCAAUAACUUUAUUAUAUUCGGCUUGUUGGAAUGGUUAAACAAAUGACAAUUUGUGUUUCACAAAUACAAAGAACAGGAAUAAUGUUAGUUUUACUGAACCACAACACAAUCAACAAUGAUGAUAACAUUCACAUGACUACAACAAGGACGAUAAUGGUAUUCAAUUCAAGGAAUUAGACUAACAUUUUAAAAAUGUUAUUGUAUUAACUGGACACAAAAACCGAUUACACUCAAGCUUCUAAUAUUUUAAUCUUGUAAACUAAAUAUUUCACCCGACUAUCUUAUGCUAUUAUUAAAUUUGUGAAAUAAAUUCCAUAUACCCCAUGAAUAAAUAUAUAUGCUAUAAUCUAUCACAUUUCCACUGCUUUCCGUCAGAUAUAUAUAGCAGAUGGCAGUUAAAAUAAUUUUAAUUAUAUAUAUAAAUAUAAAUAUUUAGUUUUAC